AUGCUUCGAGCUAAAGGAAUAAUAGGAACCAAUGGUUUACGAGCUGCUCGUCUCCGUCAAAUAUGUUCGCGUAAAUUAGCAACGUUUGCAGACACUCAAAGUAUUUUACUUAGUAAGUAUCCUAUAGGGUUGAAAGUCCAUGGGUAUACCAUAGAACAAACGCAGCCAGUACCUGAAUUCUCAUUGGUCGCUGUUAGAUUAAGACACGGAAGGUCAGGGUCAGAGCAUUUACAUUUGGACUCACCCAAUGACAAGAACAAUGUGUUCGCCAUUGCGUUUAAGACCAACCCUCCUGAUGCUACUGGAGUACCUCAUAUACUAGAACACACUUCGUUAUGUGGAUCAUAUAAGUAUCCAGUUAGAGAUCCGUUCUUCAAGAUGUUGAACCGAUCUCUUAGUAACUUCAUGAAUGCCAUGACGGCUCACGAUUACACGUAUUAUCCGUUUGCCACUACCAAUGGCAAGGACUUUGAUAAUCUCAUGGAUGUUUAUUUGUCUUCCACGUUGCAACCACUCUUGAGUCACCAGGAUUUCAUGCAAGAAGGGUGGAGAUUAGAGAACGAAGAUUUGGCCGACCCCAACUCCCCCUUGACAUUUAAAGGGGUGGUCUACAAUGAGAUGAAGGGUCAAUAUGCCAAUUCUGCGUACUACUAUUGGAUCAAAUUCCAAGAAGCCAUCUAUAAGUCUUUACAUAAUUCAGGGGGGGAUCCCAAGAAUAUCACUGAUUUGGCGUAUGAAGAUUUCAUUCAAUUUCAUGAAACAAAUUAUCAUCCAUCCAAUUCAAGAACAUUCACUUAUGGUUCAUUGCCAUUGACCAAUCAUCUUGAAAAGUUAGACACGGCCUUUGCAGGCUUUGGAUCUCGUAGCAACUCGUCUCAGAUCAAGUAUCCUAUUUUCGAGUCAUAUGAACCCACAACUACAACAAAAUCUGUUAGUGUCAAGGGCCCAUUCGACUCUUCCACUGGUGUACCCAUUGAGAACCAACUUAAAGGAUCAAUAACAUGGAAUUUGGGUAACCCAUUGGACGAAUCAAAGCAAUAUGAAGUUUUCAAAUGGAAACUUUUGAGUUCUCUUUUAUGUGACGGUCAUUCUUCUCCUUUGUAUCAACAACUUAUUGAAACUGGACUUGGUGAUGACUUUUCCAUCAACACCGGCUUGGAUUCAACUACAGCUCUUUUAUCAUUUUCUGUUGGCUUAAGUAAUUCAACCCAAUCGACAAUUGACGGGUUAGAAGAUAAAGUAAUUGCCAUUAUAAAGGAGACAGUUCUUCCUGAAUUAGAAGUUGCUCAUGAUGGUAAUUAUCAUAUGAGAGUGUUAGCAUUAUUACAUCAAUUAGAAUUGGGAUUCAAGAAACAUAAGCCUGAUUUCGGGUUAGGAUUAUUAAACUCGAUAUUACCUUCUUGGAUCAAUGGAGUUAAUCCCAUUUCAUCAAUUCAAGUCCAACAGAUUUUAGAUCGAUUUAAACUGGAAUACCAGAUCAAAGGGUUGGGGAUAUUCAAGCAAAUGAUUGAACAGACCCUUUUGAACCCUCAAACGCAAAGAUUAAAGUUUACUUUAGUUCCCGAUGCUUCUUUUGCCAAUGAGUUGAUAACCGAAGAAGCCACCAGGUUGGAGUCUCAAGUGAAGAACUUGGAUGACUCAGAUAAGAAGAUUAUUUAUGAUAGAGCGCUCCAAUUGAAGGAGAAACAAGAACAAGAAGAAGAUAUAUCCGUUUUACCUACUUUGACAUUAAAGGACAUUCCAAGAACGGGGGACUUUUACCCAUUAGAAUUUAGUAAUAUCAAAAAUAAUGAAGAAUCAUUGUUACAGAAAAGAAUAGUUGAUACCAAUGGAUUAAUAUAUGCAGCGGGAUUGAAAGAUCUCAGCUUCUUACCAUCGAAAUAUUAUCCAUAUUUGCCUAUAUUUGCCUCUUGUUUAACCAACUUGGCAGGUACAGCGUCUACGCCGAUUACCGAUUUGGAAAUCAAGAUCUCCAAAUCUACUGGAGGGAUUUCAUUCAAUGUUUCGUCUAGAACCGACCCAUACAAUUUAGCGAACGCCAAAUUACAAUUCACUAUGAACGGUAUGGCAUUAGAAGACGAUGCUCAACAGAUUUACGACUUAUGGUACGAGAUUCUUCAUGAAACCAAGUUCAAUAGUGAAGAUGAAACCGUUGUUGAUAAGUUAUCCACAUUAAUCAAAGGGUUGGCCCAGAAACAAGUGGACAUGGUAACUGAUCGUGGCCAUUCGUAUGCUGGAUCAGUCUCCAAUUCCAAAUUGACCCCUGCCAAGUACAUUGGAGACAUGCUAAAUGGUAUGCAACAAGUGGAGUUUAUAUUGAAGAUAAACUCUGAGUUGGAGAGGAACGGUAAGGCCUAUUUGAAGGAGACAGUGUUACCUAUUUUGAAAGAGAUCCAAGAGUUUAUUCUCAUCCAUGGUCACUUCAAGUAUUCGCUUGUUGGAAAUGCCCAAGCCCUUAACACCAACGAGCAAUUGUUGGGGACAUUUAAUGAAAAGCUAUUAAGCAACAGUACUAAGUCCACCCAGAAGAAUGAACUACAAGUGUUGUUGAACAACUAUCGUCAGAUUGACCAAACAGAUCAGCAUGAACUCAUUGAUUUACCCACUCAAGUUGGAUACGCUUCCCUAGCAAAAUUAGGAACGACAUACGACACCAAAGACGGUGCUUCCCUUCAAGUACUUUCGCACCUAUUAACCUUCAAACACCUCCACUCUGUGAUUCGUGAAGCCAACGGUGCCUAUGGUGGAGGCUUGAAUUAUGACGGGUUGGGGGGAGUUCUUAACUUUUAUUCGUAUCGUGAUCCCAAUGCGGUUAAGUCCGUGGAGUCGUUUGAGAAUACGCUUUUGAUCUGUGGAGACAAAAUCAAGGAAUGGGACGCUAACGACUUACAAGAAGCCAAACUCUCUAUUUUCCAAAGCGUUGAUGCACCCAUGAACAUUGCAAGCCAGGGAGCCACCUAUUUCUACGAAGGCAUUGAUGACGAAUUGAGACAACAAAGAAGAGAAAACUUUCUUGAUGUUUCCAUUAGCGACUUGACCCAUGUCGCCGAAAAGUAUCUUAUCAACAAGGAGAAUAAGAAGGCCAUUACCGUUAUAGGUAACAACGACCUCUUAAACGUUGGAAACGAUUGGGCCAUUAGAAAAGUGUCCUAA